AUGCCCCAAGCCAGGCUCUGCAGCUGCCGGGGCGGCCGGGUGCUGCCCCUGCUGCUGGCCUACGUCUGCUACCUGCUGCUCGGCGCCACGGUCUUCCAGCUGCUGGAGAAGCAGGCGGAGGCUCAGUCCAGAGACCAGUUUCAGUUCGAGAAGCUGCGCUUCCUGGAGAACUACACCUGCCUGGACCAGCGGGCCCUGGAGCAGUUCGUGCAGGUCAUCAUGGAAGCCUGGGUGAAGGGUGUGAACCCCAAAGGCAACUCCACCAACCCCAGCAACUGGGACUUCGGCAGCAGUUUCUUCUUUGCAGGCACGGUUGUCACCACCAUAGGAUACGGCAACCUGGCACCCAGCACGGAGGCAGGCCAGGUCUUCUGUGUCUUCUACGCCUUGGUGGGCAUCCCACUCAACGCAAUCUUCCUCAACCACCUGGGCGCAGGGCUGCAUGCCCACCUGGCUACCCUCGAGAGGUGGGAGGAGCAGCCCAGGCGCUCCCAGCUGCUGCAGAUCCUAGGUCUGGCUCUGUUCCUGACCCUGGGGACACUGGUCAUUCUCAUCUGCCCACCCAUGGUCUUCAGCCACGUGGAGGGCUGGAGCUUCGGGGAAGGCUUCUACUUCGCCUUCAUCACUCUCAGCACCAUCGGUUUCGGGGACUAUGUUGUCGGCACGGACCCCAGCAAGCAUUACAUCUCCGUGUACCGGAGCCUGGCCGCCAUCUGGAUCCUCCUGGGCCUGGCAUGGCUGGCGCUGAUCCUCCCGCUAGGCCCCCUGCUUCUACACAGGUGCUCCCAGCUCUGGCUUCUCAGCAGGGGACUCAGCCUCAAGGACGGAGGAGCCCCCGAGAUGGAUGGGCUCCCCAGACCUCAGAAGAUCCCCAUCUCUGCAUGA